UUCUUCUGUCACAGGUUUGUAGAUGGCUGGAUCAAGGGGAAGAUGAUGGUAAAAUAGUCAGAGAACUAUAUGCCAGGGAUAACAAUAUCUUCUCUGCGAGGCAGAAGCUAGAACUUCAGAGAAAAAAAACAUGGGCUGCAGAGAGCUGGAAAUUUAUGAAAGGAAAUACUCUUCAGUUCUACAGCAGGCUGACUAGGGGCUUUGUUCGUCUGCAUCCAGAUGGCACAGUUGAUGCUAAUGGAGAAAAGACAGAUAAAUAUGGUUUUUUUGAUGUUAUUUUCAACAAAGGAAAUAUAUGCAUUUUUCAAAGUCAUGAGAUGAGACAUCUUUUUCUUGCUCUUGAUAAUGGCUCUGUCACUGGAAUGGCUGGUGGUGGAGCCCCCACUGAGUUUCGGGUGCUUUAUCAGCCCAGCCGCUCUGCACUUCUUGAGUCAGUACUGGUUCCUGGUCACAUAGUGAGCUUUAAUCGUCAUGGCAGAAUAGCUGAUGAGUCAUCAGCAGGCUAUGCAGACCUUUCAAAAGAAUUUGUAAUUUUUGUCAAGGGAGUGUUCCACAACAGUGCUGUGGUUCUACUUGCUACGAGCCUGUGUCAGGCCCUGUGUCUACAGCCUGAUGGGACCUGCACUGGAUCAGGAAACCAGUCUGAAAAAUCUUACUGGAAAGUACAUAAAAUCAGCUCUGGGAUUUGCAUGUUUGAAAGUGUGAAAAAUGCACGGAUGUACCUAAGGAUUAAGGAUGGCCAGUGUGAUGGAGCAGGUACUGGAGAUAUUGACUGUCAUUUUAAAAUUAAGAAGAACUUGGAAAAUGCAUCUAUAAGCCUGGAAUCUACAAAAAGUCCUGGGUUGUUUGUUGGACUUCAACCAGAUGGACAAGCAAAGCCAGUCAUUUACACCAAGGAUGAGAAUAUUUGCUUCUAUCCACAAGUCAUUCAAUUUGGCAGAGAAAAGCCAAUGGGAAUGUCUGCAACAUCCAGUCAAGGGGGAAAAAAGAUCCAAGAGUCAGAAAACCAUAAAGAAUCACCAGAAGAAUCUGAGGCUAGCAGUCUCUUACUCUCUGCAGCUGCAAAAGAAAUCAGACAUUCCCACAGCAGUGAAAAUCUUCUGUCAGAAGAUGAAUGGAAGGUGUUAGUGCUGACAGGAAAUACAGGAACUCAGGCCAAUGUCACACUCUGGGUAUAUGGAGAUGAAGGAGUCACUGGACCAGUAAGUCUUAGCAAGGAUAGCCCAGAGCAGCUCUUCCUUCCAAGACAGGAGGAUGAAUUUCAGGUUGAAAUAAGAAACAUUGGAGAGAUAUAUAAGAUAAGGAUAGGACACGAUGGAACUGGUGGACGACCUGAGUGGAACUUACAGAGGGUAACCAUGCAGCAUAUAAAGAGCAAGAAGAUCUUAGAUUUUGUAGCAAAUGCAUGGCUGUCUCAGAUCCAAGCAGAUGGAGAUCUUGUUUGUGAGCUUCCUGUAAUCAAAGAAGGACAACCUGUUUUUCCCGUAGUGAGAUACCAUGUUGAUGUCUACACUGGACAGCUGAAACGAGCAGAAACAGACUCAGAGGUCUCUCUCUGUCUCUAUGGGGAGAGGGGAGAUUCUGGCCUUAGGUUGCUGCACAAAUCUAACAUGCCAGUAAGAUUCCGAAGAGGACAGAUUGAUAAAUUUGAAGUAGAAGCAGUGUCACUUGGAAAACUGCAGAAGGCGCUGUUGCACUGUGAGGCCAGUGAUGAAUCACAGUACUGGUACUGUGAAAAGGUUGUAGUCAGAGAGCCCAGCACAGGCUCAGAGUCCACCUUCACCUGUGAAAGGUGGAUUCCCUUUAUGUCACAAGGAAUAAUUUAUUCAGAAAUUGAACUUUAUCUUCAAGAAAUGCAAAUAAAUCAUCAAGAGGAAGCAAAUGACGGGGACUGGAAGGUGACUGUUGCCACUAGGGAUCUUGAAAAUGCUGGCACCACGGCAACAGUAUUCCUUUGUGUCUAUGGAGAAACAAGAUGUUCAGGUCCUAUUAUUUUGGGGUCUGGAAAACACCAGCUGUUUAACCCUAACAGUGCAGAUACAUUCAAGGACUUGGAGGAUGUCAUGCUACUGCUUUUUGGACUUCAUAGUUUCAGAUGUCACCUAUAGAAGAUUAAUCUUAAAGGAAUUGGUGAAAUUUAUAAGAUACGGAUUGGCCAUGACAACAGCGGGAAGGACCCCAAGUGGUAUCUGGAUGAAGUUAGACUUGAAAAUAUGGCCACACUUGAGCUGUUUUGUUUAACUGUUGAUUCCUGGAUAGCUGACGAUGAAAAUGAUGGUGAUGUAUGGAAAGAAAUCUCCAUUGUGACUACUAAUAAAGCACCAUUGCCAGGUGUUU